AUGGGGGGGCGCCGCGGCGCCAGACAUGGCCGACGGUGGGUGGGGGCGUCGACUCUCCUGGUAUUGACGGCAGUGGUCCUCUCUUCCUUUGUGAGCAUCGCCGGCGGCGCUUCCAUGUCCCAGAAGCGGCUGGCGAUCAGGCGGCACCUAAAACAUCUCAACAAGCCGGCCGUGAAGAGCAUCCAGGUAUUUCUCCCUGAAAAACUCAACUUUAAUGUCGAAUCUGCAGCUCUCUCUCACUAGACCUUCUGUCCUCUGUGCAUUUCCAGAGCCCAGACGGAGACAUAAUCGACUGCGUCCAUCUCCAUCAUCAACCCGCCUUCGAUCACCCCUUCCUCAAGAACCAAACCAUCCAGGUCCGUCCCUCUCUCUCUCUCUCUCUCUCUCUCUCUCUCUCUCUCUCUCUCUCUCUCUCUCUCUCUCUCUCUCUCUCUCUCUCUCGCUAUCUAUCUCUGUCUGAUGGGGGUUCUUCCACAGAUGAGGCCGGCCUUCUUUCCGGAAGGAAUGUACGAGGAGACCAGGGCGAAGGCGAGUUCCAGUCAGAGGGUCUCCAUCGCCCAGCCAUGGCACCUCAACGGGAGGUGCCCGGAGAACACCAUACCCAUCAGGCGAACCAGGAGAGACGACCUCCUCAGGGCGAGCUCCGUGAAGAGAUACGGGAAGAAGAAGCACAGGUCCAUCCCCAAGCCGACCUCCGCAGACCCAGAUCUCGUCAAUGAGAGCGGUCACCAGGUAAGCCCCCCAGACCCUCGCGGCCAUUUUCUUCCUGGCAAGCUCUCUGCAACUUCCUCAAAUCUUUUUCUUCUUUCUCUCUCUAUCUUGUUGAGUAGCAUGCGAUUGCUUAUGUAGAAGGAGACAAGUAUUACGGAGCAAAGGCCACCAUCAACGUUUGGAACCCUAAGAUCCAGCAGGUCAACGAGUUCAGCCUCUCCCAGCUCUGGAUCCUGGGAGGCUCCUUUGGGGAGGAUCUCAACAGCAUCGAAGCAGGGUGGCAGGUUUCUCUCUCUAACUCCAUUGACAUUCCCACCUGCACCACCCCUUACCCCAUCCAUGUUUUCUAAUGGCCUUCCCCAAAUAUCAAUCUCGAGCAGGUCAGCCCCGAUCUAUACGGAGAUAAUAAUACCAGGCUCUUCACCUACUGGACGGUGAGUCCCCCUUCUUCAUCUUCCUCCUUUUGAUUAGGGUUCUUCUCUGACGAGAUUCUCUUUCAUUUCCUCCAGAGUGACGCAUACCAGGCGACUGGCUGCUACAACCUUCUCUGCUCCGGGUUCAUCCAGGUCAACGGGGAGAUAGCCAUGGGGGCUAGCAUCCUCCCCAUCUCCUCCUACCACGGUAGCCAGUACGACAUCAGCAUCCUCGUCUGGAAGGUGACAAGCGAGAAAGAAAACUCUAACCCUAAUCCGGCGUCAACUGCAGGCUGAUCUCUUGCUCUCUUCCCUUUGCAGGAUCCCCAAGAGGGAAACUGGUGGAUGCAAUUCGGGAGCGACUACGUCCUCGGCUACUGGCCCUCCUUCCUCUUCUCCUACCUCGCGGAGAGUGCUUCCAUGGUGGAGUGGGGAGGGGAGGUGGUGAACUCGGAGCCAAACGGAGAGCACACCGCCACUCAGAUGGGCUCCGGCCGCUUCCCGGAGGAGGGCUUCGGAAGGGCGAGCUACUUCAGGAAUGUGCAGGUCGUCGAUGAGUCAAACAAUCUGAGGGCCCCCAAGGGGGUCGGCACCUUCACCGAACAGUCCAACUGCUACGACGUUCAGAGCGGCUACAAUGGCGACUGGGGGAGCUACUUCUACUUCGGCGGCCCCGGUAAGAGCGCCAAUUGCCACUAG